CGGCACAGCGCCAGACUGCUGUUUAUCAGAUCGAUGUUGGUCAAAGGAUAUCAGAUCGCAAUAUUGUACACGUCGACAGCGUUAACGAAUUUGCAACGCCUUCGUUAUCAAUUUGAUUUUGCCGAAUAUCUUAAAAUUUUUAUGCAUCAUGUCUGAAUCCAUCAACUCCCAUCCAGACUGCUCACGGUCAGUACAAAAUGGGAUGAAAAUGUGGGGAGGUCGAUUCGCGGCAGGACCGAGUUCCAGCAUGGAUGCGCUGAAUAAAUCCAUAUCUUUUGAUCAGCGGUUGUGGCAGGUGGAUAUUGACGGGAGUGUUGCUUAUGCUAAGGGUUUAAAUCUUGCUGGGAUUUUGAAUUCCACCGAACUGAGUGCCAUUAUUACCGGUCUGAAACAAGUCAAAGAGGAAUGGAAGAAUGAUCAGUUUGUUCUUCAGGAAACGGAUGAAGACAUCCACACUGCCAACGAAAGACGUUUAACAGAAAUUAUUGGUCCAGUCGGCGGGAAACUCCACACAGGCCGCAGCAGAAACGACCAGGUGGCUACAGAUUUACGGAUGUGGUUAAAAGACGAAAUCGUAAUUAUCGAGGGACUGCUGGUAAAAAUACUGGACGUUCUGUGUAACCGCGCGGAAACUGAGCUGGACAUCGUUAUGCCAGGUUACACGCACCUGCAACGCGCGCAGCCGGUUCGGUGGAGCCAUUUUCUUAUGAGCUACGCUGUGAGUUUUAAAAGCGACUAUGUCCGCCUUAACAGUCUUCUACCGGAAAUUGAUGAGCUUCCGCUGGGCAGUGGCGCGGUUGCUGGCAAUCCUUUAGGAAUCAAUCGUGAAUAUUUAGCCAGUUUAUUGGCAUUUUCCAACGUUGCACUGAACAGCAUGCAUGCCGUUUCCGACAGGGAUUUUGUGGCCCAGUUCCUGCAGUGGGCCGCUCUGACCGGAAUACACCUGAGCCGGCUAUCUGAAGAUCUUAUCAUAUACAGCACAAAAGAAUUCCGUUUCAUAACCAUGUCGGAUCAGUACAGCAGCGGAAGUAGUCUGAUGCCGCAAAAGAAGAAUCCCGACGUAUUGGAGCUCCUGCGUGGCAAAGCUGGACGACUGAUCGGAAAUCAUACGGGAUUUAUGUGUACACUGAAAGGGUUACCCAGUACAUACAGCAAAGACUUACAGGAAGAUAAGGAACCUCUGUUUGAUUCUGUGGAUCAAAUCAAGAUAAUGCUGGAUGCCGCGCAUGGCGUUCUUGCUACUUUAACCAUUAAUGCCAAUGCCUGCCGAUCGGCGUUGAGUUUCGAUAUGUUGGCUACGGAUGUGGCGUACUAUCUAGUACGUAAAGGUGUGCCCUUUCGCGAGGCACAUCACAUAGUCGGAAAAUUAGUAGUCCUGGCAGAGGGAAAACAGUGCCACCUCAAAGAUAUCGCGCUAAAGGAUCUCCAGUCCAUUGAUCACCGGUUCGCUGAUGACUAUGCUCAAAUCUGGGAUUUUGAAAAAAGUAUGGAACAGUACAGUGCAACAGGUAGUACAGCACAUGCUGCGGUGUGGCAGCAGAUUGCUACAAUUCGGGAAUUUAUUAUGAAUACGAAAGAGCGAUUUACCAUAGAACAGUAACGUAUUUUGUGUUUAAUAUUGCUUUUUCAUAACAUUCAAGUUUAACAACCAUUUGGAAAGUUGGUACUUGAGUACUAAUAAAUUGUAUUAUGAUCGUCAUGAUCACAUAUUCGCAUAAUACUGUUAAAUUGUGUCGGCUACUCGGUUGGUUGCGCAAGUGAGAAUUUAGUCAAAAUAGAUCGGCA